GGUACUCGCCGUCAAGCCUUUUGCCCAAGCAGGAAAGAAAAAAAAUCGCCUUUGGGCUGAAAUUGCCGAGAAUCUAAAUGCCUGUGGAAAGGGUUUCCUUGUCCACGACCGCCUCUGUCGUGAACAUGUAGACCUGCUUAUGAAGAAAUUCAACAAGGACGAUCACGAAAGUAGAAAGAAGUCUGGUGUAAAUGAGAACUUCGACGAGCUGACGCAGCUCCUGCAGGAGUUAAAAGAACUUCAAGCUGAGCAAGAGAAAGAGGUUUCGGUGAAGAAGGAUACAGAAAAAGCGAAGACGGAGAAGGUUCGAACGAACGCCCUAAAGGGGUUUGGAAAAAGACCAGCAUCCACAGAAGAUGAAAAUGAACCAAACCCGGGUCCAUCAACCGAGUCUGGUCCUUCACCGAAGAUGAGAAAGAAACCGAAGGAUGACACGCUCAUCUAUCUUUGAAAAAAAGUGUGAAAAUGAGGUGGAGCUAAAAAGGGAAGAAUUGGCAAUGCGACGGGAGGAGAUGGCUAUCGAAAGGAGAAAAAUAGAACUCGACGAAAAAAAGCAGGAAUUGGAAAGGAAGGAAAGAGAAAGCCGAAUGGCAUUGGAAGCGGAAGAGAGAAGAAUAAUGAUGAACGUUUUAAAGAAACAGCUUGGUCUAUAACUGAUUGUACGAUAUG